GGCCGAGCCGCACUGGAAGGACGACACAUCCCAUCAGGCCUCAAGUGGGAAGAACUGGAAAGCCUGACUGGGUUUGAGAUGCCUUACUUGACCGGCUCCCUCCACAGUCCAGCUGAGCACAAGACGAUGGGUGGAUGAUUGGUCCUGGAUUCAGUGCAGUUCAUCUCCUCAAUGAUAGGUGUCACUGCUGAGGGAAACAUAACCGCACCACCAGAGAACUGCCAAGAAGAAGACAGACAGAACAGAUUUGUCUCCAGCGUCUUGCAGCUUUGAGCUUCUUUGUCCUGACAAACCAGUCGCACCUUUUCACCAAAGGUUUCUGCAAAACUCCUCGUCUUUGUCUGAGAAAAAUAAACCCCCCCUCCCAGUAGAAGGGAGAAGCAGAAACAAACAGAGCAGCUUUGGCAGCGGUUGGUUUCCUCCAGGAGGAUCCAGAGCUUUCGCCUCGACAAACCAGUCACAGCGAUUCUCUCAUAGUUUCCAGCCUCUGAGAUUCUCUGCGCUCUUUCCUUGAGGUCACGGAGAUGAACCCGUUUGCAGACUCUUGCCUCUACCACCAGAGGAAAUGACUUCCUCUCUGGAGCGUGCCCCUGAGCACAAGGACCGGGAUGUGGAGCAUAAACUGAGCGUCAGCAGGAAACAAAGAAACACAAAGACUGAGAGCGGACUUUGAGGAGAACUUUGAUUUGUAUCAGGACUUUCACCCUGAAAGUUCCUCCAGGCAACGUGGAGCUUGUGACUCUUUGAACACAGACACUGUUCAUACACUUCAUGCCCUGUGGAAAUGUGUGGUCGCUCCUGUUCCUCGUGAGGAGCCGUUCCCUCUGGGAUCCAUCCUGUCCUCCCGGGGAGGGUCAGCGACCUUCAGCCCGUGUGGACUAACAUCACAUACAUAUCACGGGUCUUUCCUGGACUUUUUCCCGCGUCACAGAACUGAUUCAGUUAUUUCACCCUCGUCCAGCUCAAGUGUCUGAAGUGUUUCCCUGGGGUUAUUUUUAGGACGGUGGCGCCCCCCCCUCCCUGGCGGAGCGCGGAUGGUGUGGCCGGGGCCAGAGGAAGGGGAGUGGCGGCUGGAAGGGGAAACUUUCAACAAUGACUCCAUUAACGCGAUGCUCAACAUGAGCAGCACAACUGGACUCUACUGCUCCACCACCCCACUGGAUAUCUGACGUCUCCUGCUGGAUCGCUACAAACCUCAAACCUCACGUCUGCAACAUGGGAGUUUGUUAAAGUUUCCUCUGGGACGGACUCUUCAGAAACAUGUUGAUCAAAAAGAUUGAAGCCAGGGAGGCCUGUGAUUGGCUGCGAGCUGCCGGCUUCCCUCAGUAUGUGCAAUUAUUCAAAGACGGCAGGUUCCCCGUCGACGUGGAGUGGGCGAGGCGGGAUCACCGCUUCCUGGACGAGGACGCUCUGGAGUCGCUCUGCAGGAGAUUAAGCACUUUAAACAAAUGCGUGGAGAUGAGGCUGGAGCCGCGGAGAUCAAAACGCCGGGGAGACGACGUUGAGGAGGAGGAUUUUUGCGCCAUCAGCCCCAACUGGACGUACGACAGACGGACACGGCGAUGGCGACGCCUCGACUCGUCGGUGGACUGUGGACGCCCGACUCGACCCCGGGACUUGUCCCUGAGGGACGCCAGCGACCGCCACGACGUCUGCUCCAUCCGCAGCUCCAGCAGCACCGACAGCGACGCCCACGACAAGGGUCGCAGAGGACCCGUCACCGUGACAACCACAUCCGCUGCCACGGACGACCAGGAGACCAGCAGGAGCUCCUCCCGCUGCUCGUCCACGAACAAGACCCCGUCCCUGGACACUUCGUUCAGUGGACCCCCCUCCCCCGUGGAGAGCGGAGGAUCGUCCAGCGUGAGUCUGGAGACGGACGCCGGCCUCUCAGACAAACCGCCGAGGAAGACGAGCUCCAGUCUGCUGAGGAAGAUGGAGAAACUGAGGCCGAGGGGCGGGACCACCGCACUGCUGCCCUCUGCUGGUGACGGUGGGGGAAGCGACAGUGGAGGUCGGACUCGGCUCGUUAUCAGCGGACCAAUCCUAGACGAGAAGAGGGGGGCGGGGCUGAGGGGGGAGGGGCUUCACUGCACCAGGCUGCAGAAUCGACCCGACAGCCGGGCGUCGUCCUCGUCUCCUCACACCAGCAGCAGCAGCCAAUCAGAGAGCAGCAGCACCGUCAGCACCCCCAGCCCCGUCACCCGGGUCCGGAGCAACUGCAAACGCUCCAACAGCGGCGCCGGGACCACCUGGAACAACCAGAACCUCACGGGAGCAGAGAGCUUCAGGAACCAGCGGAACAACGGCGGCGGCCAUGACAGUCUGAUCUUCCACAUCCCUGACGGACACAAACCCGGGACCUUCCCCACCUCCCUCGCACACAAUCACGCCUCCUCCUGCCCCGCCAUCGACAACACCUCCGUCAACUGGAGGACCGGCAGCUUCCACGGUUACCGGCCGCGAAGCAGCAACCGCCACGGCACGUCCUCGCUGGCCACCGGCACCCGGGACCCCUCACCUGCCCCCAGCCCGCUCGCCAUGUUGGAUCACCGGCUGAGCGUCUACGACAACGUGCCCGACGACCAGCCGCUGGCGGCGGGCGGAGGAAGCAACAGUGACGUAGAACGGAGUGAAGAGUCGGACGUGAAUCGUCUGUUGGCAGGCGAAGACGUCUUCUCGGCUCUGGACAGCGUUUUAGAGCGAAUCAACAACCUCCAACAACUCGUCUCCUCGUGGUCGGAAGAUCUAUCAGAGGACGACUUUCAGAGAGGCUCCUCCUCCUCCUCCUCCUCCUCCUCCACCUCCUCCUCCUCCUCUUCUUCGUCGUCUUCCUCUUCUCACACCCAGGACUCACCUGUCCACUCCUCCUCAGCCGCCUCCCCCUACCCGUCCUCCCUGAGCCACAUCCACCUGGAGGUGAAGCAUCCAGAGGAGGAGGAGGAGGAGGAAGAUGAGCAGAGAUGUGAGAAGGUUCUGGUGAACGGAGAAGAACCACUGACGAGAUCCUCACCACCGAGGAGCAGCAGAGUGAGUCGGCGGCUGCACUGGUCCAGCGAGCAGAGUCUGAUGCCCUCGCUGACCUCCAGCCCGGGGGUGGAGAACCAGUCCGUCUCCCAGUUCCUCCAGCUGCAGAAACACUCGCUGCUCAAACUCACCGCUCUGAUGGACAAAUACUCCCCGUCCAGCAAGCAGGGCUGGAACUGGACUGUUCCCAAACCGCCGAGGAAGACCAAGGCGUUGGCGGUGAAAGGUCGGCGGGUGUUCGGGGCUCCUCUGCUCCUCAGCGUGCAGCAGACUGGGGAGACGCUUCCUCCCAGUAUCCUCAGAGCACUGGUCCACCUGAGGAGCAGCUGUCUGGACCAGGUGGGACUUUUCCGGAAGUCGGGGGUGAAGUCUCGUAUCCAGUUCCUCCGCGAGCUGGUGGAGUCGAACCCUGACGGCGUUUCCUACGAUGGUCAGUCCGCCUUCGACGUGGCCGACAUGGUGAAGCAGUAUUUCCGAGACCUGCCUGAACCGAUCUUCACCAGCAAACUGUGCGAGUCCUUCCUCCACAUUUACCAAUAUUUCCCCAAGGAUCAGCAGCUGGUGGCGGCCCAGGCGGCCAUGUUGCUGCUUCCUGACGAGAACAGGGAGGCGCUGAUGACGCUGCUCUUCUUCCUGCGGGACGUGGUGGCGAGCGUGGACGAGAAUCAGAUGACUCCGACCAACAUCGCCGUCUGCCUGGCGCCGUCGCUCUUCCACCUCAACACCGUGAAGAGAGACGCCAACGCAGCCAGGUCGAGUCCCAGGAAGUACAGCCUCGGUCGCCCUGAUCAGCGAGACCUGAGCGAGAACCUGGCCGCCACCCAAGCCCUGGCCGACAUGAUCACCGAGGCCCAGAGACUCUUCCAGUUUCCAGAGUUUUGGCCCAGUCGGAGUCAACGUGCUGCCACAGAGGACGUCCUGUCUGAGGAGGGAGGAGCAGCGUCCGGGCAGAGUGGAGGAGAGGAGGAGAGGAGCAACCAGCUGCAGCACAUCACCCAGCACCUCCUGAAGGAGGCCAGGGAGAGGAGCCGAGGCUGGGAGAGCCACGCAGCUCCAGAGCAGGUGGAGCUCUCCUUCAAGAAGGUGGACGACGGCUGCCCGCUGUGGAUGUGGCGAGGCUCCGUGGAGGUGGAGGCUCCUCAGAAGGAGCUGCUCCACCGCCUGCUGAGGGAGCAGGAGCUGUGGGAGGGACACCUGCGUCAGUCCUCCGUCGUCCAGUCGAUGUCCAAAGACACUGAAGUCUACCACUACCUCCUCCAGGGUCAGGGCCUGGUCUCCCGGCCGCCUCAGGAGCAUCUGCUGCUCAGGACGUGGCAGGCGGACCCGUCCUCCGGGCCUCUGUACCUGUCCUCUGUGUCCACCGAGCACCCGGAGGUGCAGCUGGAGGGGAUCCGAGCUCAUGUCCACUCCUGCCUCUACCUGCUGGAGCCGACAGGAGCCACAAAGACCCGGCUGACGCACCUCUGUCGGACCGACACCAGGGGUCGCUCUAACGAGUGGCACAGCCGAGUGAGCGGACACCUCCUGGCCUCGGAGCUCCUCGCCAUCAGAGACUCGUUCCGAGGACACUUCAGGGAAACAAAGAUUUGAGUCAGGACGAGGACGUGGGAGGAUUUAAGGAUUUUUGCACUAACCUGGGUCACUGCGCCCUCUAUAGGUAUUCUGGUUGAACUGCAGCGAAGGUGACCUCAGAGCUUCCCGAUAUUAUUUACUGUUUUUAUUUGAGCUUCAGUCGUUGACCGUGCGAUUGUCACACUUCAAACUCAAGUUAACUCAAGUUAACGGACACGAUGUCGAGCUUUGACUCCGAGCGACGGAUUCAGAGCUGACGUCACGAUGUGGUAAAGAGUUCUUCUGCAGAGAGAGAAGAAAACAUCAGGAUACAGACGGCUAGCGACCAGGCGGUUAGCCACUGUGCCAGCUAGCGACCAGGCGGCUAGCGACCAGGCGGUUAGCGACCAGGCGGUGGCAUCAAACCUACGAGCAGGAACACAGAGUCACAGAAGGACUUUCACCUGUGGACGUUCACAGACGAUUAAACCAUGAACCAGAGUGAAGCCACAGAGACGACUUGGCUUUUUAUUUUGGUUCCUCUGACUUCGACCGACAACAGUUCGUGAAAGACGAGCGACAUCUACCUCUCGGGACUGCGCGACUUUCCCCCGACUGUUUUAAACAUUGAUAUUUAUUCUUUGAGAAUUCCCCCGCGUCUCCGUUUUUGUACAUUUGUCUUAUUUCUCGCAGCACUUAAAGUUUUAUUUCACGUUUUAAACUCUUGUCCGACAGAUUUUAAAGAAGAAAGAAAAUGUCCGUGUGUCGGUUUAAUCCUUCGUCUUUCAGAUUAUUUAACUUAAUGUAAAUCUAAACACAGAUUUCUUAUAUCCUGACAUGUUUAUUUAAUUUUCAACUUUCUGAAAAUCUGAUAAUGUUUGAGUGUGAAAUCCUUAUUAAAAUGUUUGUUUCUCUCUC